AUGCGGUUGCUCUCACAACAGCCCCACCUGCUGUUCAAGUUGGUGCUGUGGUCCCCACGGAAACAGGUCAACCAAGGUACGAUCACGCCCGACCUUGCACGAGGGACGAUUAAGACGAUCACUACGGGACCUACGUCGCGUCCGGUUACCACGACCCGAGAAGCAUUCUUCUCAGCAACAACGAACGCAGCCGCGGACAUUGACAUCAGCAUUAUCAACCCAGCACUAGAAUCCUUCCUUGAAAACGCAGCCCAGAAUGCCCCGGCAUGUGGGCUUAAACGUCGUGCUUAUUGUGGCGCCAGAGCCUUUGUCGAUCAUUUCGAAACCCAGUUCGAUAAGUCUGUUGAGGUCAUUCAAGAUCUUGAGGAAGCGAUCAUGGAGGGCGCGCCGAAACAUCCCAUCAAGAUCGAGGUGGAAAAGGCGAUCGACUUGACUAACGCCGAAGGAGAAGCUGAAGCGGUUCCUGAUGUCGCCUUUAGCAUCAUGUCAGAAGGUGAAGUUACUGCCGUCGAGGCUGGUGCACCUGCCGCUAUCGGAGCCCUUGGAGUUGGCUUUCUGGCUUAUGCAUUCCACAUCUACGGCUCGACGAAAAGCUCCGGAAGUACCAAGCCGUUGAUCACCGGAAUCCACGUCCCUUCGGCGUCCCUCAAGGCUGUCAAACAGACCAAACGGCCCACAAAGACCGCCACGAUCUCAACGAGAUCAUCUACGAGCACAAAGUUGUGCCCUGACCCAACCAAGACACCGUUGUGGUGUGGAGACUAUCCAGAAAAGCAAGACUGCGAUAUGCAGCUCCCCCAAUCGAAGGAAAAGCCUCCAACCUGCAAGUCUGGCGACUACCAAGGUUGCAAGUGCAACCCGCCGACAAUUUUUGAAGGUGCUGUGGUCUCCCAGGAAGAACUAGCAGCUAUGGCGCAAAUUCAAGAGCUCUUCAAGACACUUCCGAAGGAGUUCCCGAAGCUCCCAAACUACGGUGAGUGUUCUAAGAAGAUGGAAAAUAUGGACCCGAAGAUUUUCAAGAUUCUGUCGGACAAAUUCUGCACCGAUAAUUUCAAGCUUGACAAAGACGUAUCCGCCUAUUACACCCCGGCAGAUGUUUCUAUCAAUGCGUACAAUCGCUACAGUUUCACGCUUGACUGGAAGAAGUCCGGCAAAGACAAAUGCUCUAAUCAAUGCAGGCAAAUCUUCGAUGAAGGUUUUACUACCAACACCGCAUGUUCCUAUGAUUCCCAUACAAUGGCCCACAACGGUACCUUGGCCUUGGACUGCGGAGUGGCCAGCUUCGAGAUCUUCAACCCGGACACGGCAUCUAGCGGCCCAACUUGCAAGAACGACGCCAGCCCAAUCCCUUACAACGUCUUCUCUGGCUCUGAUGGCAUCAUUUACAAAGAGUUCUGCCAGGAAUGGGACGCCAAGUCAGGUCUACGUAUGGUUGUGGACUCCAAGGGGACUUCGAAGAUCCCCAAGCCGCAGCUGGGAAGACGCACCCCACCUGCGAGUCAAGACACCUGGCUGAAAUACAACUUCGAGCUCAACUACAAGCCUGAGACUGGUGCGCAAGCUGGCGCGCAGUGCAAAGUUACCUGCAAGGACGCCUUCACUGCCUUUGCCAACUCCAAGUGCGGCCAGAAGGGAGGUCAAGGAAACACCAUGGCCAAUUAUGCCGAGUAUGACGCGGGGUGUGGAAAGUUCAGUUACCAAAUCACCAAGCCGGUUCCAAAGACCCUUGGUGAGCCUAAGUGCUUUGGAACCGACGAGUUCGGUGACCACGAGGACAUAAAUCCGUCUUUCCAGGAGCAGUAUGUUGGACACGUAUGCACCGGCUCGGCAUUGCGGAACAUUACCAAGGGCGACUCGAGCACCUUUAUUCACUUUGACACAAUUACCAACAAAGCACCGUACCAGAUGAACGUUUAUUGGGCUGACGGAUGCUCUUUGGAGACAACGGAGGAAAACAUCCUCUUGUGGAAGCCUCUUGGGGACCUGAAUGCGGCCAACUGCGCGAGUCUUCUCCUGGACAGUUACAAAAAGUGCAACAACGAGGGAGCAGGCGGGCGAAUUCAGGCAGGUUGCCUUGUGUAUGAGUUCAAAGCGUCGACAGAGAGGCCAUCGUGGUACAUCCCAAAGUAA